GAGCUUCUUCGUCCGCAAAAUUUCUGUAACUCACUUAAUUAAAGAGGUAAGUCAUGUCAGUUGGUGUGAAAUAUAUACUAAUAGAUUUUCUACCGAUUAUAUUAUUUUACAUUAAUAUGAGCUUGAUGAGAAGAGUUUCUCACUGCGAUGAUGGGUAAUUUUGUACACUUCACUCCACUGAAACAAAUUCAACAAUUUGGACAGACAACAAAAAUGGUUGUUUAACUGACACAUAAUUUAAUGAUGAUGCAAGAUGCUAUCAGUGCGCGCGCCCCCAACACAAAGUCCGUUAUCAUUCACAACACUGGUCGAUCACAGAAUAUGUAACCGGUUCAUUUCUAAAGCCUAGUUUACACUAUCAUCACAAUACUCAGUAGGAAUUUUGUGUAGGUAAAUUCUAAGUUUUGAUUGAAAAAUUUGUAAGAAAUGUUCUAAGAGAACUGACUCACUGGUUUAGCACUGACAGUCAGUUUCCUCAUGCAACAUUUCUUACGCAAAAUUCCUACGGUGAACACAGGCUGUUUUUAUUAUAAUAUCAAAAGGCCGCUUUUUAUUAUAUUAUCAUGUUGUUUUAUUUCUAGUCAAUUGAUGUAUUUAAUCUUUUAAGGAAUGAAGAGUAUGAAGAUUGCAGUUUUUCUGGUAUUGAUUAUUGCUCAGCAGAGUUACGGCCGUACACGUUGCAGUGGAUAUCCUCCAUGUCGAAAAAGCCCAAUCGCAUGUGACUAUGGUAAUGUUAAUGGGCGUUAUGUUUAGAAUAGAAUAGAAUAGAAUAGAAUAGAAUAGAAUAGAAUAGAAUAGAAUAGAAUAGAAUAAUUUAUUUAAUGUCGAAUGACACAGAGUGUGGUUGCCAAAUCACUCGAGUCAGGGACUCAUGAUAGAAGUGCUCGAAUAAUUAUGAAUGUUUACGUUUUGUGACAUAUGGAACUUGAGUAUUUUAUGUUUAAAUUUUGAUGUCAAACAUUUCAUUGCGAGAUAAGAACAAGGCUAUUUCUCACUCAGUUAUACGCUGGGGGUGAGGCAGAAUCUUGGAGCUUAAAAUCCCAUCAGGGUAAAUUAAAAACAAAUUCUGCCAAAUCACGAUUUAAAAAAAAUCCGCAUCGCGUUGAACAGGAGAGAAAAAAUUUCAUGUUUCAUAUGUGCCAAAAGUGAAUUUUUAAUAAUUCCAAAUUUCACGUCAUCUCCCGAGAUAUACUUGAAUAAGCGCCUCAUGUCCUGCGGUGGUUUGUGUUCUCGUCAUCAAGCGCGAGCGGGAAGACACGCGAGAGAGAUCUAGAAAAAGUGAAAAUCACAUUAGCCACGCGUCCCACGCAAAGGCCACGCAAGCCAUAGCAACAACAUGCUGCUUGCUAUGAGCAGCUGACCGUCAUGAUAAUAUCUGGAGUGUUGUGUUCCAUUGUAGCAAGCGAUGAACUCAAUAUUCGCGUUGAAGGAUCUAAUGACCUGAAAAUAUAAAAAGAACGUGUCAACCAAAUAUGAUAUAACUUUUUGUGUUUGGUGGUAGCGGUAUAAUAAAUAAUGUCAUGAAUAACCGGUUGAAACAGUAUAAGAUAACGAAUAUUUAAGUUUAUUUGAGUUUGGAAUAACAGCAAAGAACUAAUCGAGCAAAUAACUAAAAAAUAUAUUAAAAUAAUGAAUAAUUAUGAAAUACUUAACUGACGAAUAAUAUGUAGUCAGAAUUAAAUCCUGCUUUCAUCCCUGAUUUCGUUACACCACCUGUCAAUAUGGAUUUGUUUUUAAAAUUAAAGCGAUUGUAUAAUGUAUUUUUAGUUUCAAUUUAGGAGAGCAACAUAACUGCCGAAAUCUGGUUUUAAUUACAUGUAAUCUAACGUUUAUACUGUAGUUUUAAAGUAAGGUUUGAACUGUAGAUGGUUUAAACUAACUUUGCUGUAUUUCAAGCUUAGGGACCGGUCAUUAUUUAUGGUGGGGGGUGGCACCGAAGAGAAAUGUUUUUCGUGGCAUAAAUUUUGCUUACCCAACCAUUAAAAAAUCAAAAAUUUGAUUACCCAACCUCAAGUAUCAUUUUAAAAAAUAAAUACCCACCCCUGGCCAAAACGUUACAAAAGGAUGUCAUUCAGUUGUCACAUGCACAUGACACAAGUCCUUUACCACUUCAGUGAUACGUUUGAUAACGUUCGGCUUGUGAAUGUUUGAUAGAUUGAUAACGUUCGGCUUGUGAAAUUUACUGACUUUUCUGCAGUCUAAAGUUUCAUGUUGUCUGCACAUUUACUAUCUUUGGAGACAUGCACCAUUUGUCUCCCAACAAAUCGGAAAAUGAUGAAGAUAUAGAUUGAUUCACAUAUUGUAUUGACAUAUGACUGUUGACUUUCAAGUUUUCAGUCUUCAAUAUUUGAGCGAGUCAUGCUUUGGAAAUGACAAUAAAUUUUUAUUACACAACCUUUGAGUUGUUUCGUUUUUGAUUUACCCAACCUUUUGACUCACUCAAAAUUUUGUUUACCCAACCCUUUUCUCUUCGGUGCCAUCCCUCGCCAUAAAUAAUGACCGGUCCCUUAUCAAGUCUGUUAUGUUGACUGCUCAGCGUAACUGCCGAAAUCUGGUUCUAAUUGCAUGUAAAUCUGCAUGUAAGGUUUAAACUGUAGUUUUAAAGUAUUGCCAAAAUUGAAAUACCUGUGGUUCCGGUUCCCAACCGACCUUAUUUUUUUCUGCCAACCCUAUUAUUUUUUCAACGCGAUUGACCGUGCGACCCUAUUUUCUCCGGGUGGUUGCGGGCUGCUCAUACAGCGUGCCAAAAUGGCGUCUGUUGUCACACUAAUUUUGAACCAAAUUGCCUAGUAAAUUCGCCCAUAGGAAGUAUGCAUCUCUAGUUAAUAUUGAUGCCGGGACUCUACUGAAAAUCGCCCAGCAAAAAAACGCCAAAACCAUGAAAAAAAUAUUUUAAAAAAAUUUAUUUCCGACCGACCGACCUUAAUUUUUUCACGAUAUGAAACCGGAACCACAGGUAUUUUUUAGGCCUAAGGUUUGAACUGUAGCUGGUUUAAACUAACUUUGCUGUGUUUCUAGCUUAUCAGGUCUGUUAUGUUUACUGUUCUGGAUGCAGCACCGCAAUUUUCGCCUGUUGUCUGGGAUGUGAAUUAUGUUCUCCAGGUUCUAAUGAGAUGAUCAAACUUCCUGAAGCACUACGUCAGAAAUAUGUGAAUAACUUACAAGGAUAGAAGAACGAUGUUGUUGAAAGCACUCAGGAAAUAUUGUCUGUACUAGUUCUUGAUAAAGUUUAAUCAGAUUUUACCCACGUGCACAAUGUCCGUAAUCUGUUGUGUAAUAUCAAUUAUAAUAAAGCAUCCUGAAAGGAAAUUCAUUUGGUUGUGUUAUUAUUUAUUUUUAUUUCAAGUUAUUUAAAGACGCCAGCCCCAACAGUAAAA